UGGAUCAAUGUAACAAUGUGUAAAACUGGUAUCACAACAUUUACAGAUAAAACUUGCACAAAACCACCAACUGGAUCUCGUCGAAAGCUUAUUGACGAAACCAAGCACUCUUGGAAAGUUGGAGAGGUUGCAACAAUCAAAUGCAAAGAUGGAUAUGAAUUUGUCUCUCCUUAUCCAACAACUACAUUGACUUGUGGAAAUGACGAACAAUGGAUUGGAAGUGUUACAGAAUGCACAGACGCCACAUGCUCAGAACCUUCUGAAUAUGUUACAAAUGGAUACCUAUCACAUACGAGUUUGUCGUGGUUUACACCAUUAUCUGAAGCAACAUACACUUGCAAUGAAAACUAUAAAUUAUCAGGAUAUGAUGAAAUUAAAACUGAAAUAAUAAUAUCUUGCACUUGGAAUUGGAGGUCUUUGAAAAGUACUUGGGUUCCAAGUGUGGGCAGCAUACACUGCACUGAUAUAGUUUGUCCAAUUCCAAAUGUCGGUCCUUAUCAGAUAUUAACCUCACAUGAAUUUAAAUGGAAAGUUGGAAGUGUUGCUCAUUAUGAAUGCGAUACGGGUUAUGAAUUUACUCCUGUCUAUCCAAUAACAUCAAUUACAUGCCGAAGAGAUGAAACAUGGAACGGAAAAGCAUCGAAUUGCCAAGAAAACAUAAAAUGUGCAAAUCCUAAAAACAUAAAAAUUACAAAUGGACACCUUCAACCACAAACAUCGAGCACUUUCUAUCCUGGCGAUUCUGCAACAUUUUGGUGUAACAGAAAUCACAAGAUUUCAGGUCAGCAGGGCAUAAUUAAAUCAGUGAAUUCAACCUGCCUUAAAAGAGAACAUCAAAUAGGAAGUGAAUGGAGUUUGGCUUCGAUUGAAUGCGAAGAAAUAUUAUGCAGACUUCCCCCAGUUCGAACAAAUCAUGUCGAUCCAAAAAACAAAAGACAUUCGGUAGGAUACAUCUACACUCACACAUGCAAACCUGGAUACAUUUUUCCUGCCAAUGUUACCAAAGAAACCAGUGAGUGCAGAUCAGAUGGGACUUGGACAGAUCCACCUCCUGAUUGCAUUGAAGACAUGAAAUGUGCAGAUCCUGACAACAUAACUAUAAUAAACGGACACCUUCAAGCAGGAACAUCAAGUACAUUCUAUCCUGGUGAUUCUACAACAAUUUUGUGUAACAUGAAUCACAAGAUUUCAGGUCGGCAGGACAUAAUUGGAUCAGUCGAUUCCACAUGCAUUGAACGAGAAGAACCAGAAAUAGGAAGUGAAUGGAGCUUGUCUUUGGUCGAAUGCGAAGAAAUAUUAUGUGAUGCUCCUCCAGUUCAAAAUAAUCACGUUGAGCCGGAGCCCACACAUUGGUCAGUAGGAUACAUCUACACUUACACAUGCAAACCUGGAUACAUUUUUCCCUUCAACGUUACCGGAGGAACAAGCGAGUGCAGUUCAGAUGGAACUUGGUCAGAUCCGCCACUGGAUUGCAUUGAAGAAAUUGUUUGCAAAAACCCACCAAUGAAUAAAAAUCAUUAUAAUAAGACUGGGAAGCAGUCAUGGAAAGUGGGUGAAUCAUACUCAUAUAAAUGCAAACAUGGAUAUGUUUUUGCCCCAAUUGCUACAACGUCAAAUAAAUGCAGUGAAAAUGGAAGUUGGACUGUGACUUAUCCUACUGAUUGUGUGGAAGAUAUGUCAUGUGGAGAACCUCCUUUGAUCAAGAAAAAUUCUGAACGAAUAAUACCAGUAAAUACAGAAAACAGACAAUUUUUACCGGGUGAAAUUGCAAUGUACAGAUGUAAGGAUCAUUUUUAUCUCAACAACACAAAGGAAAAUGUACAGAAUAUUUCUUGUACAAAAGUUGAUUUUGGAAGUAAAUGGAAACCAGAACUAAGGAGAUGUAGACCAAUCAAAUGUCCAAAGAUUAAGAAAACUAAAGGAUUAUCUUUUACUUAUAAUGUUCAAUCUCGAAAAUUUGACACAAUUGCAACAUUCUCAUGUAAACCAAAUCGUGUUUUGGAAGGCAAACCCAAAUUGCAAUGCUCGAAAACUGGGAAGUGGUCAGGCCCGUAUCCUGUAUGCAAAUAUGUUGAACCAAUGACAACAGUCAGUUUUACAGAAGAGGUGCAUUUGAGUACAAAGGAAAUUGUUUCUCCAACAACAACAAGCAUAACAACAGAGAUAAGCACAACUACUGUCAGUAUUCCAACAACAACAACUCCCACAACUACUAUUGCCACUACAGAAUCCUCUACUUCCACAUCUGAAUCAAUUACAGAGAACAAGCAAAAAAUGGAUUUGAUGAUCAUGUUGCCUGCUUCAAAAAGCCACUCCUACAGUGAUAUCGAUUUGAUGAAAAAUUGGCUCAAAAGUAUUUCACGUGGCCUUUCAACUCACUUUAAUCUGCGAAUAGCAGUUGUUCAAUAUUAUAAAGCUUGGGAUACAACCUGGUCGAGGAGGUGGACUGAAACCCUAGACACGAUGAAAAUGCUAGCUAGAACCCAAGAAGACUUUGAGAUGAAAGUGGAUCAAGUAACAUUGAAACAUCGCUUCAGUUACCAUCAUUUUGAUAUACUGUCAUCUUCAGCUAUCGAAAAAUCAAGAAACAUCAUGUUGAAUAAUAUCCGGCAGGAUGCUAUAAAAUCGAUAAUCACAUUGUUUCGGAGCUAUCCCCGUUUUCAAGAUUUGUCGGCCAUUUCAAAAGGAACAGCGUGUAUCAGGCAUCUAGAUAUUAACACUUUUAUUGUUGGGAUAGGAGCAGAAAAGAGAGAUAUUCAGAAAAUGGCUUCUGGGCUUUUAUCUGAUGCCGGCGUGUUUAUGAGAACUGGCUUCAACCAUCUUGAAUCAACAGUUGCUCCAUUAAUGAGUGAACUUAAAAAAUUGAGUAUUCCUGUAAUUCCACUGAUUGGUUGUUCUUAUGGAAACAUUCCACUUCUUCACGAUGGAUGUUCUUGGAGUUAUCAAUUUAAAAUGUCCUAUUCUACGGGUGAAGAAAUCAACGCACACUGUAACUUAAUUUUUGACAAUUCUUACACAAAGUGUAGAAAUGAUGGCACAUGGAGUUCAUUGAAACAACCUUGUUCAAGUCCCUCCACAAGAUCAUCAAGAUCAAUUGGAUGCAGCAAACCUUGGACUCCCGAUAAUGGUUACAUUAUAAAUGAUCCUGGUUCAUAUAAAGCAGGAACUAAAGUUCAUAUUAGUUGUGUAAAUGGUUUUACUCUGGUGGGCAAAUCGUUCAUGAAAUGCAAAUCUAAUGGCAAAUGGACAAGAACCAAUUCUGUAUGCAAAGCAAACAGAUGUUUCGUUGAUCCAUAUUUGUUUCCACAAAGUCUAUUAGAAGAUGGAGCUUAUCUACACUAUAGGGAAGUAUCUGCAGGUGAGAGUGUGACUUUGCAAUGCGAAUCUCCAAGUGUUCUACACGUAUAUGGAUCUGUUCAAGAUGAAGUGGAAAUAACAUGCGAAUUAGGAGGAACAUGGUAUCCUGAUGUUAUGCAACAAGUUCAUUGUGACUGGGGUGAUUCCAGCGAAUGCCAAAAUCCGAGUUUGCUGCUACCAAAGCAUGCAUUAUUCGUGGAUGAUCUAGAAAAUUAUCCUAUAAACACAAUUUUGUAUAUGGAAUGCCCUGAAGGUUUUAUUCAUCUCGGAGAUGACUACAUCACAUGUAAAGCAAAUGGUGAAUGGAGCAUUCCCAACUUUUCUUGCAUUGGUCAACUCGACUGUGAAGAACCACACCCACCAGAGAACAGUGAGUUUGAUAUAAAUCUGAAGCAUUCUUAUCGAGUUGGCGAAACCGAAAUAUUCCACUGUUUGGGGGAUUAUGUUUAUGACGGAAAUCGAAGAAGAAUAGAAUGUCUUGCAGAUGGCACCUGGAGCAACCCAGAUGGACACUGCAUACAAGAACAAUAUUGCACUGGACCACUGAUUCCAGAACUUGCAUAUAUAGUUGAUGAUCCCGAAGUAUAUUAUCCUGGAAUAGAAAUAAGUAUUAAGUGUGUUGAAGAUCAUAUAGUAAUCGGAUGUUCUAGAAUGACCUGUGCCAGGACGGGAAGGUGGAGCUCAUGCAUGAACCAAUGCCAAGCCAUCAUAUGUCAAUUGGACAAAUACCUAUUAUCAGAAGGAAUAGGAGUGAGCGGAUUCACUCCAGAAGAAUUAUAUCAUAACAAAUACAAUAUUGACGAUACUGUUGUGUUGUCAUGUUCUGGCAAUAGAGAGCCAUUUCUGAUUGGCGCUACGUCAUAUGUACGACCAGAAAUAACUUGUAACCCAGGAGCGCAAUGGGAACCCAAAGCAUCUUUAUUUCAUUGUCAAACUGCUUGUUAUUUACCUGAACAACCUUCGGGUGUACAUUGGAGCUCGUCAGAGGAUGUAAGUAUUUUCAAUGAGGGUGAAAUAGUCGAAUUUGAAUGUGAAGACGGAUAUAUAUAUGGCAGUGAUGUGUAUUCAAUUGUAUGCCAAGAUGACGGAAGUUGGAUUGCACCGAAUCAACUUUGCAUACCACAUGGAUGUCUUGCACCAGAUCCACCACAAAACAGUUAUUUUCCCCAAGCACUGCGACCAUCUUAUGAAGAAGGAGAUAUCAUUCGAUUCACUUGUCAACAGCAAUAUAUUUAUACCGGAAGUUCUUCAAUUUUACGAUGCUUUUCCAACAGAACAUGGUCCAAUCCAGACGGGAUAUGCAAAAAUAAGCUCCAAUCAGAUAUAUGUGCGUGUCCAAGCCUACCUGAACAUGCGGUUGUUGUCAAUGACCCCAAAGACUACCCUUUGAAUACGAUCAUAACAAUAACUUGCGAGCCUGGUUUCUUACUGGCAGGUGAUAAUAAAUUAAAAUGUGAAGAAACUGGACAUUGGUCUCACAGCUCCUCAACUUGUCAAGAAAUUGAUGAAUGUGAAAAGAGACCUUGUCGCCACAAUGGUGUUUGUUCGGACGGAAUCAAUGACUUUUCAUGUAGUUGUCCUACUGGUUAUUCAGGAAAAACCUGUGAAAUUGAUAUUGAUGACUGCUCUUCAAAUCCUUGUCAUAAUGGAUAUUGCAGUGAUGGCAUUAAUAAUUUCAUUUGCUUUUGUCGUCACGGUUUUACUGGAACAUUAUGUCAAACUGAUAUCGAUGAGUGUUCUCCGAAUCCAUGUCUGAAUGGAGGAUUAUGCAGUGAUGGUGUCAGUGAUUUCUUUUGCUUCUGUCCUGAGGGUUUUGACGGAGCGCGGUGUCAAAAUAAUAUAGACGAUUGUUCCUCAAAUCCUUGUCAACAUGGAGGUCAAUGUGCUGAUGCAUUGAAUGGUUUUAAAUGUACUUGUGCUGAUGGAUAUGAAGGAGACAAUUGCGAAACAGAUUCUGACGAUUGUUCCCCAAAUCCCUGUCAGCAUGGAGGUCGGUGCGUUGAUGCAGUGAAUGGUUUUCAUUGCGUGUGUGCUGAUGGAUAUGAAGGAGACAAUUGUGAAACAAAUAUAGACGACUGUAACCCAAGUCCUUGUAUAAAUGCUAAAGCUUGUGUUGACGGAAUAUUUGAUUUUACUUGUGAAUGUCAAGAUGGAUACGCAGGGAAACAUUGUCAAACAGAUAUAGACGACUGUUCACCAAAUCCUUGUCAACAUGGAGGCCAAUGUGCUGAUGCAGUGAAUGGUUUCAAAUGUACUUGUGCUGAUGGAUACGAAGGAGACAAUUGCGAAACAGAUUCUGACGACUGUUCCCCAAAUCCUUGUCAACAUGAAGGUCGGUGUGUUGAUGCAGUUAAUGGUUUCAAAUGUGAUUGUGCUGAUGGAUACGAAGGAAACAAUUGUGAAACAGAUUCUGACGACUGUUCCCCAAAUCCCUGUCAACAUGGAGGUCGUUGCGUUGAUGAAGUGAAUGGUUUUCAUUGCGUUUGUGCUGAUGGAUAUGAAGGAGACAAUUGUGAAACAAAUAUAGACGACUGUAACCCAAGUCCUUGUGUAAAUGCUAAAUCUUGUGUUGAUGGAAUAUUUGAUUUCACUUGUGAAUGUCAAGAUGGAUACACAGGGAAACAUUGUCAAACAGAUAUAGACGACUGUUCACCAAAUCCUUGUCAACAUGGAGGCCAAUGUGCUGAUGCAGUGAAUGGUUUCAAAUGUACUUGUGCUGAUGGAUACGAAGGAGACAAUUGCGAAACAGAUUCUGACGACUGUUCCCCAAAUCCUUGUCAACAUGAAGGUCGGUGUGUUGAUGCAGUUAAUGGUUUCAAAUGUGAUUGUGCUGAUGGAUAUGAAGGAAACAAUUGUGAAACAGAUUCUGACGACUGUUCCCCAAAUCCCUGUCAACAUGGAGGUCGUUGCGUUGAUGAAGUGAAUGGUUUUCAUUGCGUUUGUGCUGAUGGAUAUGAAGGAGACAAUUGUGAAACAAAUAUAGACGACUGUAACCCAAGUCCUUGUGUAAAUGCUAAAUCUUGUGUUGAUGGAAUAUUUGAUUUCACUUGUGAAUGUCAAGAUGGAUACACAGGGAAACAUUGUCAAACAGAUAUAGACGACUGUUCACCAAAUCCUUGUCAACAUGGAGGCCAAUGUGCUGAUGCAGUGAAUGGUUUCAAAUGUACUUGUGCUGAUGGAUACGAAGGAGACAAUUGCGAAACAGAUUCUGACGACUGUUCCCCAAAUCCUUGUCAACAUGAAGGUCGGUGUGUUGAUGCAGUUAAUGGUUUCAAAUGUGAUUGUGCUGAUGGAUACGAAGGAAACAAUUGUGAAACAGAUUCUGACGACUGUUCCCCAAAUCCCUGUCAACAUGGAGGUCGUUGCGUUGAUGAAGUGAAUGGUUUUCAUUGCGUUUGUGCUGAUGGAUAUGAAGGAGACUAUUGUGAAACAAAUAUAGAUGACUGUAACCCAAGUCCUUGUGUAAAUGCUAAAUCUUGUGUUGAUGGAAUAUUUGAUUUCACUUGUGAAUGUCAAGAUGGAUACACAGGGAAACAUUGUCAAACAGAUAUUGACGAUUGCAGUUCGAAUCCUUGCAAGAAUGGCGGAAGUUGUACGGAUAAAGUCAAUAACUUUUCUUGUGAAUGCAGGCAAGGUUACGAAGGAAAAUCUUGCGAAACAAAUAUUGAUGACUGCGUAGAUCACGAUUGCCAGCAUGGUGGGAAAUGUCAAGAUGAGCUGAACGGUUAUGUUUGUGUAUGUACUACUGGAUACAUUGGCCUGAAAUGCGAAACAAACCAAAUAACCUGUUUAAUCGAAGCUAGAGGUAUCACAGAAGAGACUUUUACCGUUUUAUGUCCACCUGGUUGUGAUCAAUAUACAUCAAGAUUGUGGGGAACUGAAAUUUAUAGCGACGAUUCGUACAUUUGUGCCGCGGGGAUUCACGAUGGAAGAAUUUCUGCUGACCAAGGGGGUGAACUUUAUGUAGUUAAGAAAAGCGGUCAAGAAUCUUAUGACGGCUCAACAAGGAAUCACAUCACUUCAAAUAAUCGUGGAUACGUCGGAACUAAGGCUUUCUCGUUUACUGGAUUUAAUAUUUGUGAAGACAAAUGUCGAUAUGAUAUACGAUGUGAGAGACGUGUCGAUGAUUUCUACUGCGAGUGUUACCCUGGUUACUCUGGCAAAAUAUGUGAUAUAGAUAUUGAUGAUUGCAAUCCGAAUCCGUGUCAGAAUGAUGGAAAAUGUACUGAUGACGUGAAUGAUUUUUCGUGUCAAUGUGCAGAAGGUUACCAAGGAAAAAGAUGUGAAAUAAAAACUGAUCUCUGCAACCCCAACCCUUGCCGACAUGUUGAGCGUUGCGAAAACAGAGAGAAUGAUUUUUAUUGUGUGUGCAUCCCCGGAUAUACAGGAAAAAGAUGUGAAAUCGAUAUAAAUGAUUGCCUUCCGAAUCCUUGUCAAAAUGGUGGACAUUGCAUUGAUGAAGUGAAUGAUUUUUCAUGCCAAUGUGAAGGUGGUUUCGAAGGAAAGCGUUGUGAAGCGGAAAUAUCCUGUAAAACAAAAAUAUGCUUGAAUGGCGGUUUUUGUAAAGUUUCAUCCGGAAUUGAAGUUUGUUUCUGCCCACCGAACUAUGCUGGAAACAAUUGUGAAGCUGAUGUGAAUGAGUGUCUUUCUAACCCGUGCGUAAACAAUGGAAUUUGCGGCAAUCUGCCUGGAAGUUUUCUCUGUGAAUGUCCACCAGGGUUUACAGGAAAAUUGUGUGAAGAACAAUGAUUGCGGACAAAUGGAGCGCACAUGACGCUACAGGAGUUGCAGUUGAAAAAAUAUUUGACAGCUUCUUUCGACAUUUAUGAGCCUUUGCCUGUUAUUUUUUGGCUGCCUUUGUAAUUAUU